AUGCCGACGCCGGUGCAUCUCAUCCCGACAGCGCCUCUCAGCAGCCUGUGCACCUCAUUGUCAUCUCACCCCAAGUUGGUCAUCUCACUAAAUGGAAAAGACCUAUCGUCAAACCCACCGUACAAUAGCAUCUUUUUCACAAUGUCUGCAUCCAAUCUCACUUCACGCCCGCCUUUCUCAUCCCUUCCUUUGGACCCAAACGGACCUCCCGGGAAUGCAUGGGGUCUCUAUGGUAAAGACGACAAGCUGGGAGCGCUAAACCUCCUCACCCCUGCUGUCGUCGCCGCCGCCGCAGCUUCAGAAAUUCGAACCGGUGACCGGGUGUCACUAGACUGGUCGCUGAACAACCCGUCCCAACCAAGCUUCGAUCGAGCGCCGUUCGAGUCGAAGCUUGUCAAUCGCACAAAGAUUGACGGUGAGGGGAGAACCGUCAAUGACGACAUCCUACACUUUAACACGCAGUGUAGUAGCCAGUGGGAUGGGUUCAGACACUAUGGAUACCAAAAAGCGAAAAGAUACUACAACAACACCACGCAGGAAGAUUUGGACAACCCUGAAAACAUAGGCAUUGACGGUGAGUAA